AUGAAAUUUCCGCUCAUUUCUGCGCUCCUGUUCUCGGGGGGUCUUGUGGCAGUACAUGCGCAUGAUGAUAGGCGUCCGGGGCAGUGUGCUAAUACGGUCACUACGACGAUGUGGAACAUAAGAACGAGGAAGCUCCCCGCGACAACAGUGACAAAAUGGGUACCUCCAACUACUACAACGGUCACGAAAACGAGCACAAAGUAUGUGCCUGGGCGUGAUGUAGGAAAAACUGUUACCCUAUAUACGAGCACAAAAACGCAUGUUGUCUCCACCUCCACCAUCCCGGGAAGUAUCAAGACUGUCACAGCGAACGGUGUUAUCACUACUAUCACCAUUCCCACAACUGUCACGCUGCCCGGUGGUGUAUCGACCACCACAUUAACCACCCACGAUGUAUGUGACAUCACGACCAUCACCAGCUCGGAGUAUUCGACAGUCACUGUACCGGCGACUACAACAAUGACAAUUCCAGGAGCUGGAGAGAUUACAACCGUAACUGUGCCGACGACGGUUACGCUUCCGGGCGAAGCAGAAACCGUAACAGUCCCUACCACACUUACCAUUCCUGGGGCCGGGGAGGUCACGACUAUCACUGUUCCAGCAGAACCUACCACUGUUACGGUUCCCACUACCGUCACUAUCCCCGGUCAAGGAGGGCUUACCACUGUUACUGUUCCCACCACCCUGACCAUCCCGGGUGCGGGCGAGGUCACCACUAUUACCAUUCCCGGCGCCGGAGAGCUCACAACGGUCACUGUGCCCACAACCGUCACUCUGCCGGGCGAGGCCCAGACAGUUACAAUCCCUACAACUCUCACUAUCCCCGGCGCUGGCGAGGUUACGACUGUAACUAUCCCGACCACUGUCGAGCUUCCUGGGGCUGUGACAACGUCCACUCUUACCAUUCCAGGAGCAGGUGAACUCACCACGGUGACGGUUCCUACAACUCUCACCAUUCCGGGAGCUGGUGAGGUGACGACAGUCACUGUACCCACUACCGUUGAGCUCCCCGGGAGUGUCACGACAUCCACACUUACAAUUCCGGGCGCGGGCGAAGUCACGACUAUCACUGUCCCAGGGGCAGGAGAGCUUACUACUGUGACUGUCCCGACCACACUUACUAUCCCUGGUGCAGGUGAGGUUACGACGGUCACAGUCCCCACCACUGUCGAGCUUCCUGGUACCACUACCACUUCUACUCUUACCGUCCCGGGUACUGGAGAGGUCACCACCGUAACAGUUCCUACAACCCUCACUAUUCCGGGAGCUGACGAGGUGAUAACUGUUACUAUACCUACUACCGUUGAGCUCCCUGGCACUACCACCACCUCUACCCUUACAAUCCCUGGGGCUGGCGAGGUCACAACCGUCACAAUUCCUGGCGCAGGGGAGCUGACAACUGUUACUAUCCCAACAACUGUGACUCUCCCAGGUGAGGCGGAGACAAUCACGGUCCCAACGACACUCACCGUCCCAGGUGCAGGAGAGGUUAUAACCGUCACUGUUCCUACAACCGUUGAACUUCCGGGAGCUGUCACUACUUCUACCCUUACUGUCCCAGGCGUAGGAGAGCUUACCACAGUGACAGUCCCAACGACACUUACUAUCCCGGGGGCGGGGGAGGUUACGACAGUCACUGUCCCGACGACUGUGGAGCUCCCUGGGACUACCACCACAUCCACUCUCACCAUUCCAGUAGAAGGGGAGAUCACGACCGUCACUGUGCCUACCACUAUUGAGCUCCCGGGAAGCGUCACUACAUCUACACUGACAAUUCCAGGUGCUGGCGAGGUCACGACCAUUACUAUUCCCGGCGCAGGGGAGCUAACAACUGUCACCGUCCCAACAACGGUCACUCUCCCUGGAGAAGCAGAGACUAUCACUGUCCCAACGACCCUUACUAUUCCGGGAGCUGGAGAGGUUACCACCGUCACCAUCCCAACUACUAUCCCAACUACAGUUGAGCUUCCUGGCACUGUCACCACCAUCACUAUACCUGGAGCUGGCGAGAUCACCACCGUCACCGCACCGGCGGAGCUUACUACCGUCACGGUACCUACAACGAUCACUUUGCCCGGGGAAGAGCUGCUCACGACAUUGACGGUGCCGACGACAAUUACUGUCCCGACUACAAUCUCCCUCCCAGCUGAAACGGUCACAACAGCUCAACCGACCACGGUCACGGUCACUGAGGAGGGUAAACUCACAACUAGAACUGAGGUCUCAUCUACAACGAUCACCGAGGUCUCCUCGACAACAACUACCGAGGUCUCCUCCACAACUACCACAAUCCGGGAGUCUACCACUAUCACUGAUACUACAACUUCAACUACCACGAUCGAUAGGCCUACAACUACUACAGAGACACAGACGGUCACUAGUACUACGCUCCCAGCUUCCUGCCCCACGAUCUCUCCCCUACAAAAUACCGGCUUUGAGAAUGGCUCCCUUGGCGCCAGUGGGAAUUGGGCCAUCGUCUCUGGUUCUGGGUUCUCCUCGGCCAAUACUGGCUUCUAUUCCGGCGGCCAGCGCUCCGGCUCUCGUGCAUUCCGCGCACAGGGUUCUUCCACCAACUGGAACGUCGGGAUAGCCCAGACAGUGACUGUUUGCCCAGGAACAAAGUAUGCACUGAGCAUGUGGGCCUUCACUCCCUCUGGGACAAGUGGAAACUGCGUCGUCACAGCUUACAUUAAUGAUAUCCAACUGAUCACGAUGACCCCGAUGGCGGGGGCGUGGUCGGGUAACCAGGCAGUGUGGAAUGCGCCGGCGGGAGUUAGCACCGCGGUGGUCCGCCUGGGAUUCGCCUGUGCUAACUCAGGGACAACAUAUAGGAUCUUUACGGACGAUGUCCAAUUAACGGCGUUGUAA